UUGGUUUUAUUUUAGAAAAGCCAAUAAGGGUUUGAAGAGUAUAAACCCAGCUGAGACAGCACCCUCUAUGCGAUUGCUGGCCUAUGUUUCUGGCUUGGGCUUUGGAAUUAUGAGUGGAGUGUUUUCCUUUGUGAAUACCCUGUCUGACUCCUUGGGGCCAGGCACAGUGGGCAUUCAUGGAGAUUCUCCUCAGUUCUUCCUUAAUUCAGCUUUCAUGACGCUGGUUAUCAUAUUGCUGCACGUGUUCUGGGGCAUUGUAUUUUUUGAUGGCUGUGAGAAGAAAAAGUGGUACACCCUUUUUAUAGUUCUCGUAACCCAUCUACUGGUGUCAGCCCAGACCUUCCUCAGUCCUUAUAAUUCAGUAAAUCUGGUGUCAGCAUAUGUAACCAUGGUGCUUAUGGGCACCUGGGCAUUCUUUGUUGCUGGAGGCAGCUGCCGAAGCCUGAAACUCUGCCUGCUCUGCCAAGACAAGGACUUUCUUCUUUACAGCCAGCGCUCCAGAUAACAUCUGGGAAUCAGUACCUCCCCAACAACAGGCUGCGUCUUUAGAGGAAGCACAACUGUGCCUUUUUCUAAAAAUCCCUUCUUAUGGUAGAAUUUAGAAAAACUCAGACUAUCUAGAUGCAAGUCUCAUUCAUAUGGCUUUCAUACAAUAGCUCUCCGAAAGGGAGACGUCAGUGGUGCACAUUCGAAUCACCUGGGUAAACAUAACAAAAUACUGGUUCUGGGCUCCACCCUCCAGAUUUAACUGGCCUGGGCAUCUGCUAAUGUUUAAAACUUCCCAGGUGGUAUGUACAGCCAAGCUGAGAACCAUUGGUGUCCAAAAGCAAACUUCCUGAGAACCACAAGUGAAUGAGAAUCUGGUGUUUAGCUGUCUCCUAACUGAACUUGUGCUGAGCAAGUAAAUGUCUAAAUGUCAAAUCCUGGUUAGCCUUUAUCUUUUUAAGUUCUGAAGUCACUAAAGGGCUACUGCCUCUGUGAGCCAUUUUCAUGUGCUUCAUUAAUACCAUCUUCUGAGAACAUGGUAGGCCGUGCUUUUCAAUGCAAUAGUAAAUUGCACUGAUUUACUAUGCUAACUUAGCCAAAGUAAGAUAUUGAUUAAUAAGCUGUAUUUUUCUGAAGCUUUUCCAUUCUAGGUUUUGCUUUUUGAAGCAUGACAUUGUUUUUGAGUAUAAUUCAGUUUCAUUAACUAAAAAUGAUGAUUUUCUGACUUCCUUGGUGGGAAGGCAUUAUAAAAAUCAAGAAUUUUUUUUUUAAAUCGAGAAUUUUUGUGCAACUUCUAUGAGUCUUCCCUCAGUUUAAAGCUUUUCAUAGGCUCUGCCCCGAGGCCACUGGCUUGUUUACCAUCUGAGUGCUAGUUGCUGAGCUAGUUGAGAUGAAACCCAUUGUUUACCUCUGAGAGGCUGUGCAGGGAGCUGAGCGAUGUGUUCCAGGAUAGGCUUCACUGGAGCUGGCGGAACUGCAAGCAAAAGCAUGAGGAAAACAGCCAAAAGAGUGAUGUUGACACUUUUGACUUGUUCCUGUGAUACUAAACAGCACUUUCACCCAGGUGGGUACAGUGUAAGAUUGGAAAUACAUCUUAAAUUGACAAAUUUUGUGCUAUUACAUAAUCCAUAUAAUCUUCAGAUCUAGUAAAUGUCUCUGGGUUUUGGUAACAGAUACAGCCUUCCCUUAAUAGGAAUAUCCAAGGUGUUCAUUCAGCUUCUAAACAACCCUUUUGAUUUCUUUUAUAAAGAAGAAAUGCCAGUGAAUCAUGCCUUUACUAACUGGAAAUUGUUCCCAGUUGAUAUCUUUGGGGGAGCUGAUAGUAUGAAAUGGAAAUUACCUGUACAUUAAAGUGAUACCUCAGUGAAUCCCACAUGUGCAGUAGAAGAUCCAAAAGUAAUAGGAGCAGCAGUGAGAGGGCUCAACAGUGACAUGACAGAUGGAUGAAUUUGACAAUACUGUGAUGGGGAAGAAUAAUGAGCAUGUUUAGGACAGACACGUGACCAGUGUUUUGGGCUAGCCAUAUAUCAUUCCAGAGACCAGACCCUUGCACGUGAACUAGACCUUUAUCAAUAUUAGUGAAACUCCCUCCCACGCUUAAAAUAUUAGAAUAUCUCAAUUUAGAGAUUCAAGAUGAGUAGGGCUUUUAGGAAGGCUGCAGACAGUCUGAUAAGCAAUUACAGUUACUCUCCUAAAGCUUAAUUCAGCACUACUACCAGUGCUUAUGCUGGAGUUUGCAGUUUUCCAGCUUUAAACAAGACUUUCCUUAGACUAGAAGAAUCAAGGGCAUAGAGACUGAACAGUGAAAUUUACUGUGCUGAGUCAUGGGGAAUGAGAUACCUAUCAAAACAGGAUUUAUUCUUAUCAUAACAUGUUAUUCCUUGAUGAAUAAAAUAAGAAAAAUAUAUAGUUGGUUAUUGCUAUUGACUUACACAUCUCUUAAAUGGAUAUUUAGAUAAAAUAUUUGCUGGUUUGUAAAGUGUAGACAAUUUGAGACUGUUAAUACUACUCAUACUUGAGCUCUGAGAAUGUUCCCUGUACACUAAUAAUGUUACACUUAAUGUUAAGUAAGGAAGCUGGGAUAUUGUAAAAUCUCAUUUAUAAAAACUCAGACAAGAAGAAAUUUAUCUUUGAUAGUGAGACUGUUGUCUUACUGCAGGAAAUUAUUUAAUAAUCCUUGAUUACCUAUGAAUAAAGGUAACCCUGAUUUCUCUUAGAAUGUAUUGCCAUAGUCAGCUUUGGCAGUGUUGUUUCAAAUAGCCUUGCUUUGCCUCAUGCCAAGGAAGCCCAGAUGGGGAGGGUAUAGUCUUCUUCUAUUGCUGUGUGUAUAUUGAAAUACUAUUUUUUUUUUUUUUUUUUGCAUUUGUUAUCUAUAAUGAACUUUCUGAGCCCUGAUACUAUUUGGAGAGGAGGAGAUAGUGUUCAGUGUUGAUGGUGUAUGCUGUCCUUCAUGCAGGAUUUUCUCAGUUUGGAGGGAAAUGUGGAUAUAGUUAAAGUUGACCUUGGGAUACUGAAUAUCAUUGCAGCACUUGAACAUGUUGCCAUGUGAACAAUAGAGAUUGAUUUUGUUGCUCUCUAAUAUAAGCUGUAUUCAUGUUUAAUUCAUUUGAAGAAUGAACUGGAGAAGUUUUGUUACCUCUAUCCCGGCCUGCCUGACUGGCAAUAUGGUAGCGACAGACUCUUAUAGAGCAUCUUAAUGAAAACAUGGCUGAAAGGAGUUAAUGAUGAUAUCUGUAGACCGCAUAGAAAAUGGUUUUUGUUCCCAGUAUUAAUAUUUUUAUUCUCAAGCACAUUUCAGUGUUUGCCGAGAGUGGCAGAUUCACACCAGGAAUGCUAGGUGUUCUUAUCCAUAGAGUGGAUGCAGUACAAGCAGUUGUAACAGAAGCUUUUUCCUACCUGGUACACUUCCUGCAUGCCUCAGUCCAGCCCCAAAACAGGCAAUAGCAGUCAGUGUGGGCUCCAGGGCGACACCGAAGGCUUGUUGGCUGACCAGGCAGAGUGGCAGCCUGUCGUGGGCAUCAGCAGCCUGCUUCCUAAGAAGAGCUCCUUAAGGGUGUUGCCUUUUUUUGGCUAAGGUUUUUCAGGGCACUUCUGUUCCUAACUUCAGGUAGACAAGAUGGAUGUCAUACAAAACGAUUUUAAAGUGCUUUGCUUAGAGCAUUUUGUUUAUGAUUGCAAUGUUUACAUUUCUUAUUUAGUAAGAGGCUUUACUUAAUUUUGUUACAUUUUAGUGUUUAGGAGAGGAGGGUACUGUCUCUAUGUAAAAUAAGUAACACUUUAUGUACUUUAUACUGUUAUGCCAUAUGUACUUGCAAUAUCAGACCUUGCAUUCAAUACACAAUGCAAUAGACUCUUUCCAGGCCUGUAUUUUUCAGUGAACAAUAAAAAGAUUGUUUGGCACUACUCA